UUUCUUACCAACUUGAUCUAUAAUUUGAGCAUCCACAUGAUAACUUGAAAAUAGGUUAACUAAGAUUAACACACCAACAAACUUAAAACACAUAUUUAUAAAACUGGUUUCUAAUACUCUUUGUUCAAAUGCUUCUAAACUCGAAGAUCAAGUUGGUUCGUCUGUGACUACCACCAACGAAGUUAUAGCUACCUACCGUCUUCCAUAUUACUGUAGCAUCUUCACAGCCGAACUAUAUGCUGUCAUGAAAGCACUUAGUUGUCCAACAAACAAAAGCAAAAACAUUGCAAUCUGCACUGAUUCGCUAUCCUCCAUUCUAUCCAUCAAGGACUUUUACUCCCAAAACCCACUAAUUCAAAAUAUCAACAAAGCAUGCCACCUAUUGUAAGAUAAGAACGUAUCGGUUAGCAUUAUUUGGACUCCAUCGCACGUGGGUAUUACAGAAAAUGAAGACGCCGAUCAAGCGGCCAAAGAGGCACCCCGUUCUGACAUACCAAUGGAGAGUAUACAACUUGGUGUAGAUUUACAACAUACAGUAAACCAAAUGUGCUUGAGAGUCUGGCAAAACCUCUGGAAUAGAACAAACUUAAAACUCCAUAGUAUUCAAGCCAGAAUACCUGCCUUAAAAAUACCAGCACUUUGUAGAAGGGACAAAAUUGUCAUGAGAAGACUAAGAAUUGGACAUUGCCGUCUUACACAUGGUUACCUGAUGAGCCAGGGAAAUCCUCCUUGGUGUCAUACCUGCAACACUCGUGUCACCGUUAAACACAUACUAGUUGAGUGCCAGCUAUACACGAACACCCGAAGACAACAUAAACUGGAUGAAGACCAAACCGCCCCUCUUAGUGAUAAUAGUAACUUUAAUAAUGUGAUAAUGUUUCUCAAAGACUCUCGGUUAUACUACGCCAUAUAA